AUGGUUGUAGUAAAAGUUGGGAAACUGACAGAGCAAUCCAAGCCUGGAAACCAUCACAAACAUGACAGUCAAGUUCUCUUGAUGCAGUUCCUCAAUUGUGUUCAUUUCAAUGCUCUGACAUCACCAUUGGAACUGGAGAUAUACCACUAG